CGCCAGCCAAUCGCGAGGUGCGGCGGGUGCGACCGCGUGACCGGUCCGGGGCCGCUCUAGCUGGCUGUGCUCGGCUCUCUAUGGUCGAGCGGAGACAGCUGCCCCGUCGCCAUGGGAACGGCGGCGGUCUCGAGCGGCGCCAUGGAGGCGAGCGGCGGCGGUGGCGGCUCCUCGGGGACGGCAGCUCCGGGUGGGUCCGCUGCUCCCGGGGACGAGCCCGGAGCUUCCGCCUCCAGCCCGAGACCGCGAAAGAAACGGAGGAAGUGCAGCAUCCCAUCCAUUAACCUGAGCAGCUGCAAGUACGAGAGCGUGCGUCGUGCUGCGCUGUGCUGCGGGCUGAGAGAAGCGGGAGAAAACGAGGAGUGGACGGUGUACUGGACUGACUGCUCUGUCUCUCUGGAACGUGUGAUGGAAAUGAAGCGGUUUCAGAAAAUCAACCAUUUUCCUGGCAUGAUUGAGAUCUGCCGGAAGGAUUUGUUGGCUCGCAACCUCAACCGCAUGCUCAAACUCUUCCCCAAGGAGUACAAUAUUUUUCCCCGCACGUGGAGCCUGCCAGCUGACUAUGGGGACUUCCAGGCCUACAGGCGCAGGAGGAAGAACAGAACGUUCAUCUGCAAGCCCGACAGCGGCUGCCAAGGCCGAGGCAUCUUCAUCACACGCGACCCAGGGGAGAUCAGGCACGGAGAGCACAUGAUCUGUCAGCAGUAUAUCUCUAAGCCUUUCCUUAUUGAUGGCUUUAAGUUUGACAUGCGUGUCUAUGUGCUGGUCACAUCUUGUGACCCACUGAGGAUUUUUGUCUACAAGGAGGGUCUGGCCCGGUUUGCCACCAUGAGGUACAUCGAUCCCAGAAGGAGAAACCUGGGUGACAUCUGCAUGCAUUUGACCAAUUAUGCUAUCAACAAACGUAAUGCAAACUUUGUCCAGGAUGACACGAUGGGCAGUAAGAGGAAACUCUCCACCCUGAAUGCCUGGAUGAUGGAUAACAGCUACAACACAACAAAACUCUGGGAAGAUAUUGAAGAUAUAAUUAUAAAGACUCUUAUUUCAGCUCACCCUGUGGUGAAGCACAAUUACCAAAGCUGCUUUCCUAACCACACUACCAGCUGUGCCUGUUUUGAGAUACUGGGUUUUGAUAUUUUGCUAGACAGAAAUCUGAAACCUUGGCUACUAGAGGUGAACCACUCUCCCAGCUUCACCACAGACUCUCACCUGGACCAUGAGGUGAAGGAUGCUCUUCUCUUUGACACCAUCAACUUGAUAAAUGUGCACGCCUGUAGCAAAAGGAAAGCGAUGGAGGAAGACAAACAGCAGGCAAAGGAACGACUCCUGCAGGCUCAUCGGUCUCCUCGUGUGUCCAGACAUGAGGAGGCAGAGAGCAGCCAGGCAGCCUGGCUCUCUGAGGCAGAGGACUAUGAGAACUCCCACCUGGGCAGCUACCGGCGCAUUUACCCAGCGUGUGGCACUGACAAGUAUGAGCCGUUUUUCAAGCAGAGCAGCUCCCUCUUCAAGGAGACUGCAUCGUCCAGAGCACGAGAGGAGUGUACCAGGCAACAACUGGAAGAAAUUCGCAUGAAGAAAGAAAGGUUAGAAGCUGUUAACAGCAAGAAGAAAAAAGAGAGGAAGGAAGGGCUGCAGGGAGAGUCGCCCGCAGACAAAUCCAUGAUCCACAACAAAACCUCAGCUUCUGCAACCCACUUCACCUACAGAAGCACAAAGAUGUGGGAUAAAAAGACAGAGCACGUGCAGUAUGACUCCAUGCAGCCUCAGGAUAUUCUGGAAAAUGAAGAGAAGAAAAGAGUGAAUGCUCUUGCAAGGCGUAAGAACCUUAUCCAAGGCCUGGGCAUCGUGGAUCAGCUCUCCCAGCUGCUUCCCACGACUGAGAGAUCAUCUGACAGCCACAGGCCCUGCGCUGUUACCUCUGAGAUGCAGACGCAGUUUCUUUGGGACGCACCGCAGGCACAGCAGCCUGCCCCCUUGAUGACCAUCAUCCCCCUCUCGUUCCCAAGAGGCACCGUGUGGCCUUCAGGACGGCCGUGUGCUCGUAAGCACAGCACCAGGGUACAGCUGCUGGCUGGCCAGCACCCUGCCCCGGGCACGCUGUUGGUUCGAGGGCAGAGCAUCCCUUUCCGAGAGCAGCACACGGUGCGGUGCAGCGCCCAGCCCCAGGACAGGGGCAACUCGUGGAGCCGGGCUGCAGAGCCAGCAGCAGCUACCCAGCCCUGCACUAAAACCAGGGGAAGGCCGAUGAGCGCCUGGCGGCUCUCUGCAGCCAGAAACAAGGCGGAAGGAUGUGAGUGCGAUUAUCUCACUUUGGUUCUGCCUUCGUGUGCUUUGCAUGCAGAGCCGUGCAGACAUGGAAGUUCUGAUGGAGAAGCAGGAGGGUUGGGUGGAGCUGUUCCGCGGUUGGGGGGCUGUGCGGCGGCCACAAAGAACAGCAGGCUGCAGCUGUGCGGCUGCCCACACGCUGUCUGUGCUCCUGCAGGUGACGUCGGGCGGCCGCUUUGCGCAGGCAGCGCUCACCGCUGUUCGUUGGGAUGCCCGGCCCGUGCAGGCAAGGCCACGGGUGAUGGCGGCUUCAGCGGUGCGGCAGCACGGCGGCUCCUCGUAGCCUCUGCCGCUCUCGUGCUGCACACGCGCUGCGCCAGCGCCGUGAAUUUCCGCGACGUGAGCAGCACAGAGCACGGAGGCGGCGGGCAGCGGCGCGGCUGCGGCGGGAGCUGGGCGCGGAGCGCGGCGCCCCCGAGCGGACGCUGACCUGGGAGGCGAUGGAGCAGAUGCGGUUCCUGCGGCAGGAACUGCCCGAAGAGUGGCCGCUGGAGCGCCUGGCCGAAGGCUUCGGCGUCAGCCCCGACGUGGUGCGCCGGGUGCUGCGGAGCCGGAUCCGCCUCCCGCA